AUGACCACACCAACCUUAACGGUAACAUUCGUGCGGCAUGGCGAGUCGCUUGACAACUUGCGAAGCGUAUGGGCAGGCUGGAAAGACUCUCCUUUAUCUAAUCAUGGCAUGAAUCAAGCUCGCGCAGCGGGGGAAUCACUCUCGGCAGCCCACUUUACCGCGAUCUACGCGUCGCCUCUGCUCAGAGCCUUCACCACGGCUCAGGCUAUACAGGACGCGCAGCCCGAGCCCAAGCCCCCACUGACGACCUCUCCCUUGCUGCGCGAGCAGCACUGGGGCAUUGCCGAGGGCAAUCCGUGGACAUUGACUCCUAACCCGGGACUAAGCCUCGAAGAGCAGUUCGAACAGGGCAUUUACCCCGUGCUGCACGAACGACGGCAGAAGUUCCCUGGCGGCGAGAGCCUAGAUGAUGUGGUUAAACGGGCCGAGCAGGCCAUCGAAGAACUGGUGAUGCCGCAUGUGUGGGAUGCCGCCAAACAGGGCAAGAAGAACGUCCACGUCGCAAUCGUCAGCCAUGGGAUUUGCAUCAGCGAGCUGAUACCUGUGCUGGUCCUCAAGGAUGAGAGUCACCAGCAUCCUGGGCACCGCUGGAGAGGCUUGCUGAACACAGCGUGGACCCGGAUUACAGUGAACGUCAAGGGGCUGAAGGAAGGUGAACCGAUGACCUUUGUUGACGGCGACUCACCGGCGCUGGAAGUCAAGGUGACCGACUUCAACCGCUCCGAGCAUCUGGAUAAAGUGAAACGACAGCAAGGCGGCAUCGGAAGCAGCGCCUACGAUCCCAAGCAGCAAGAUAUCCGAGCCUUCUUCGGGGGAGGCGCGGCCAAGCAGCAGGCAGAAGAGGGCCGGAACGAGAGUAACGCGCGAGACGAGGCCGAAGUAGACAUUAACGAUCCAGAUGCACGGCUUUGAAGGCAUUCAUAACAGUAAUCAGGAAAAUUCUCUUGACCAAUAGUAGACUAUAGAUAGUAGACGGUUGCCCGUGCAGGAACAGAAGGUAUAUGAUUCAGAGUAUACGAAGAGCGC